AAGCUUACCAGCAGAGGUCAAAGAAAAAGAAAGCAGAGAGAGAAUGGAGGAUGAAAUCCAGAACUUCAUCAAGGUAUGGAUCAAAGCCAUUUCAUGCCUUUGUUACUGCUACUUCGUCUCUUCAAGAAUACCAAAAGGCUUCUUGAGGCUUCUCUCUCUUCUUCCCAUCUUCUUCAUCUUCCUCCUCCUCCCCUUAACCCUAACCCCCCAUUCUCUUCUCCACAUCGCUGGGCCCACCAUCUUCUUCCUCGCUUGGCUCUGCCCUUUCAAACUCCUCCUUUUCUCCUUCGAUGAAGGCCCUUUGUCACCCCUCCCUCCAAACAUCCUCCAUUUCAUCCUCAUUGCUUCUCUCCCAAUCAAAAUCGAUCCUCAAGGUCUCAUAAAAAACCCAGAAAAACGAAGAUCCAAACCGGUUCUCUUUAUUAAAGUGCUUCUCCUCGCUGCGAUCGUCUCCGCUUACGACUACAGAGAUAAUCUACACCCUCAUUUGAUCUUGUUCCUCUACUGCUGUCACAUGUACCUCGGCUUGGAGCUCAUGCUGGGUCUCUUUGCGGCUCCGGCUCGAGCCGUGUUCGGCUUCCAGAUCGAGCCGCAGUUCAACGAGCCGUAUCUCAGCACGUCGCUUCAGGACUUCUGGGGUCGUAGGUGGAAUCUCAUGGUCACCAGUAUUCUACGGCCCACCGUAUACGACCCUAUACGACGUAUCUCUACGCUCGCAUUGGGCCUGCACUACGGGCCAAUGCCAGCCGUGCUGGCCACUUUCAUUGUGUCUGGUAUGAUGCACGAGUUGAUGUAUUAUUACCUUACACGUGUGCCUCCCACGUGGGAAGUCACGUGGUUCUUUGUGUUGCAUGGCGUGUGCACAGCGGCGGAGGUGGAGGUGAAGAAGGUGGCUGGUCGUCGUGGAUGGAGGUUGCCCCGGGUUGUGUCGGGUCCGCUCACGGUGGCGUUUUUGGCUGUCACCGGUGAAUGGUUGUUUUUUCCUCAGUUGAAGAGAAACAGUGUGGAUGGGAAAAUCAUCGAGGAGUAUUCAAUGAUGGUAGAUUUCGUGAAGUCCAGGUUACGAUGACAUUGACAUUUUUGGAAAAUAUUCUGAUUAUUAUGGGAGGAUGACAAAAAAGAAACUAAAAAUUGUGUAAUACCGAAUGAAGAAUUCAUGUAGUUAUUUUCAAAUCAAAUGAAAUU